GGGAAGUCAUUGCAGUGAAAAAAUGAGAAAUAGGGAUACAUACUUUCUAUUAGUCUUUGGAUUAAUUAUAGCCUUAUGUAAUGCAGCAAGCCUCAAUAAACGUGACCUUACUAUUUAUCAGAAGUAUGUAUGUUAUAAUCAAGCCGACAAUUCCAAGCAUUUAGUACCGGGCAGCUGUUCUCAAUACUACACUUGCAAUGGAGGCAUAGCCACUUUAAGUAAAUGUCCUUUGUUCUUUGAUCCGAUAGCAAGUGCAUGCGUUCAAACAUCUAGUUGUGUUGAAGACAAAAACUUGGAUAACACAAUUCCAGAUGGCUGCACUGGUGUUUGUUAUGGCCAACCAGAUGGAUAUAUUGUUUCUUCAACAAAUCCCGCAGAAUAUUACCUCUGUUCUAAUAACGCUGUUUCAAGUACUGGUCAAUGUGCUAAUGGGCAGCAAUUUAAUUUAUCGAGUAAACAAUGCGAAGCUGCAUCCAGUAUUGUACCAUGUGCAGCUACAACUACUCAACCACCAUGCGCUCCAACGACUACCUUUUGCAUUGAAAACACAACAGCACGUCCUACUACAAUUACUUUUACCCCAUCUACCACCAGCACGACCACAAGUACAACAACAAAACUAACAACAACUACUCAACCAACGACCACGACAACUACUACAACAACUACUCAACCAACGACCACGACAACUACUACAACAACUACAACCACCACAAAAACAACUACCCCUACCACAACUAGCACAACUACAAAAACUACGACCACAACUACUACGACGACGACAACAACCAUUCCACCAACGACAACAACAACAACUACUACGACAACAACAACCACUUGCCCGACGACAACAACUACCACAACAACCACAACAACCACUACUACUACGACCACAACUACUACAACCACAACUACGACUACAACCACUCGCCCAACAACUACUACUACUACAACAACCACAACCACUUGCCCAACGACCACAACAAGUACCACUACAUCAUCCACCACAACAACAACUACUACUACUACGACAACAACUACUAAAACCACAACUACGACAACAACAACAACUUCUACUACCACAACGACCACAACAACCACUUGUCCAACGACAACAACAACUACCACUACUACUACAACCACAACUACAACCACUCGCCCCACAACAACUACUACUACGACGACCACAACUACUACAACAACUACGACUACCACAACAACGACAACAACAACCACUUGCCCAACGACAACAACAACUACCACAACAACCACCAAAACAACCACCACAACAACUACUGCUACUACGACUACAACUACUAAAACCACAACUACGACAACAACAACCACUCGUCCAACCACUACUACAACUACUACUACCACUACUACGACCACAACAACCACUUGCCCGUCGACAACAACUACCACUACUACUACGACCACAACCACUACAACUACAACUACGACUACAACCACUCGUCCAACAACUACUACUAGUACAACGAGAACCACCACAACAACUACUACUACCACUACUACGACAACAACAACAACUUGCCCAACGACAACAACAACUACCACCACUACAACGACCACAACUACUACAACUACGACUACUACUACUACGACCACAACUACUAAAACCACAACUACGACAACAACAACCACACGUCCAACCACCACUACAACUACUACUACCACUACUACGACCACAACAACCACUUGCCCAACGACAACAACAACUACCACUACUACAACGACCACAACUACCACAACUACGACUACUACUACUACGACUACAACUACUAAAACCACAACUACGACAACAACAACCACACGUCCAACCACCACUACAACUACUACUACCACUACUACGACCACAACAACCACAUGCCCAACGACAACAACAACUACCACUACUACAACGACCACAACUACCACAACUACGACUACUACUACUAGAACCACAACUACGACAACAACAACCACACGUCCGACCACCACUACAACUACUACUACCACUACUACGACCACAACAACCACUUGCCCAACGACAACAACAACUACCACCACUACAACGACUACAACGACUACAACUACCACAACUACGACUGGGACCACAACUACGACAACAACAACCACUCGUCCAACUACAACAACAACUACUAUUACCACUACUACGACAACCACAACCACUUGCCCAACGACAACAACAACUACCACUACUACAACAACCACAACUACCACAACUACGACUACUACUACUACGACCACAACCCCUAAAACCACAACUACGACAACAACAACCACGCGUCCAACCACCACUACAACUACUACUACCACUACUACGACCACAACAACCACUUGCCCAACGACAACAACAACUACCACUACUACAACGACCACAACUACCACAACUACGACUACUACUACUACGACCACAACUACUAAAACCACAACUACGACAACAACAACCACACGUCCAACCACCACUACAACUACUACGACCACAACAACCACUUGCCCAACGACAACAACAACUACCACUACUACAACGACCACAACUACCACAACUACGACUACUACUACUAGAACCACAACUACGACACCAACAACUACUCGUCCAACGACUACAACAACAACUGCUACUACCACAACGACAACAACUACUUGCCCCACAACCACAACCUCGACAACUACUGCAACUACAACCACUCGGCCAUCGACAACAACAACAACAACUACUACAACCACAAGUACUACCGCAACAACAACGACAAAUAUUAUUACAACUACAAAAGCCUGUUCUACAACAACCGUAAAGCCUUGCUCUGAAACGACUACACCACCAUGUGGAGCACAAUUAUCUCAAUUAAAACAGCCGACAAAACAAAAUCUAAAAGGCGAAUCUAUGGAGCAUCUUCAAAUUGCUGUUGAAACAACUGUGUGUGUUGGUCUAGAAAACGGAAUAUAUAUCAGAUCUUCUAAGCAUUGUAACACUUAUUAUUACUGCUGGAAUCAAAGGGGUCUUCCAAUGACUUGCGGUAACAAGCACUUUAAUAUGAUCACCAAAUCUUGUGAUGAUCCAAUUAGUGCUGGCUGUAAACUUAAAAACUGAAUCUUGAGACACUCCCAAACUGUUUUAUUAAUAUUCCAUAGAAACUUUGUAUGAAUAAUUGAUAUGUUGAA